UUUACAUUCGGACUUAAAUUAGAAUGCAAUUGGUGCACUUUCGAAGUUAUCCAAGCAGUAGCUCGCCAUUUCUCCAACAAACAACACCUAUUCCAACAUGUUCUCCCCGGUGGAUCCCGUUUUGCUGCCAAUCUUUAGAUGUCCCUGGCCAACGUUUAUUGUCCUUGGGAGCUAUCUGCUCUUCGUCCUCAAAGUGGGACCCAAACUCAUGAAGAACCGGGAGGCCUUUGAUCUGCGUGGAGUAAUUAAGGUCUACAACAUAUUCCAAAUCGUGUACAAUAGUUGGAUGUUUCUAUACACCAUUCAUUUCCUGUUUGUUUUGCGGGCCUACGACUUGGGCUGCAUGAACACCCUCCCACUGGACCACGAGUACAAGGACAGAGAGCGUUACUUCUCCAACCUCUACUUGAUCAACAAAUUCAUCGACUUGAUUGAAACUGUAUUCUUCGUCCUGCGGAAGAAGGACCGGCAGAUAUCCGUCCUGCACGUCUUCCACCAUGCUAGCAUGCCCCUUGCGGUGUACACUGGUUUAAUAUUUAAUGGCUACGGUGGCAUAGCCACAUCCUAUUGCCUGCUGAACGUUCUGGUUCACAUCCUAAUGUACACCUACUACUACCUGUCGUCUGUGAGCGAAGCUGUCCAGAAGAGCCUGUGGUGGAAGAAGUACAUCACCAUCUUCCAAAUGGUCCAAUUCGCGGUCAUCCUAGCCUGCAUCUCGUACGCCUUAUGGCAGCCCGACUGCACUGUCCCCACACUGACAGCGUACUUGGCUGGCAUCCUGGCUUUCUCCUUCUUGGUACUGUUCAGUAACUUUUACGUAAGGACUUAUGUGCUUGCGGGUCCAAAGCGUCGUGAUUAGACAGCCACUAAGGAACAAAUUGCAUUUUAUGGUUGUGAAAAUAUUUUAUGUCCUUUUGGAAACAAAUAUAGAUAUUUAAAACAGGGA